UUUUCACUUUCUUUCUCAAAGUGGAAAUGGAUUCUCUUUCCAACGGAACGGCGACCACCAUCACGGCCACCCCGGCGGCCCCAACGGCCCCGGCUCCGGCCCCACCGUCGUCGAGGCUGGUCCAUCUGGCUGAGUCCCUGAAGCUGGAGCACCAGUUCCUGCGGGUCCCAUUCGAGCACUACAAGAAGACGAUCCGAGCCAACCACCGCGUCAUAGAGAAGGAGGUCUCCGCCGUGAUCUCCGGCGUUUCCGAGGCCGCUGAUUCGGACGUCUCCAACGACGAAGCCGUUCACCACCUCAGCUCGCUCGUGUCCCGACUGCAAGGGCUCAAAAGGAAGUUGGAAGAAGGAAGUCGUACAGAGAACUUGCAAGCACAUAGGUGCCGGGCUCGGCUUGAUCAUUUGGAGUCGGCAGAUGCCGAGAAUUUGGUGGAAUGGAAUAAUAUGCGCUUGAAGCGGAUUCUUGUGGACUACAUGUUGCGAAUGUCGUAUUAUGACACCGCAGCAAAGCUGGCUGAAAGCAGCAAUAUACAGGAUCUUGUGGAUAUUGAUGUAUUCCAAGAAGCGAAAAAGGUAAUUGAUGCUCUUCAGAAUAAAGAGGUAGCUCCUGCCCUAGUCUGGUGUGCUGAUAACAAGUCAAGGUUGAAGAAGUCCAAGAGCAAAUUUGAAUUCCAGCUGAGACUUCAAGAGUUCAUAGAGUUGGUACGAGCAGAAAACAAUUUGCGAGCUAUAACAUAUGCUCGGAAGUACCUCGCACCAUGGGGUGCCUCCCAUAUGAAAGAAUUGCAGAGGGUUAUGGCAACACUGGCUUUUAGAAGUAACACCGAAUGUACUACAUACAAGGUUUUAUUUGAACCAAAACAAUGGGAUUUCCUGGUGGAACAAUUUAAACUGGAAUUCUGCAAAUUAUAUGGCAUGACGCUUGAACCUUUGCUGAAUAUCUAUCUACAAGCUGGAUUGUCCGCUCUCAAAACUCCAUACUGUUAUGAAGAUGAUUGCACCAAGGAAGACCCUCUAUCGCAGGAUAGUUUCCGGAAACUAGCAAUGCCAUUACCAUACUCUAAGCAGCAUCAUUCAAAGCUUGUUUGCUAUAUAACUAAAGAGCUAAUGGACACAGAGAACCCUCCACAAGUUUUACCCAAUGGCUACGUCUACAGCGCUAAGGCUCUCGAAGAAAUGGCCAAGAAGAAUAGUGGUAAAAUCACCUGUCCAAGGACAGGUUUGGUCUGCAACUACUCCGAUCUGGUUAAGGCGUAUAUAUCUUAAGUCUGCAUAGUCAGGCCAUUCUUCAAAGGGAAAAAGAAAAGAAAAAUCUUGCACCUGUGUCUGUGGCUGUUGCAGUUUACUUCAUCUUCUGUAGAUACCUCCUUUCUGUAAGACACGCCAAAUUCGUUUUAGAAAUUUCCCUGACGCCUUGUUCAUCUGUUGGAGACUCCAACAUGUAUAUAUGCAAAAAGAAAAAAAAAUGAAAACUUGCUGUUUCACUUCAAAUGUUAAGAAUUAGUAUAAAUAAAAGCGAAGCAGAUUCGGCAAUUUUAAA